CCCGCGAUGCUGUAUGUUAUGGUUAGCGGCCUAUCGUGGCUUAGUGGUAGGUAGGUCAUGUAUGGGGAUUGAAGAUGACGAGAUCCUGGUGAAUCUUCACUUUAAAAUAUCAGGCUAAAAUUUGUUGUAAAUAUCCCAGUAUGGCAGAGAGGAAAUUAACAGACGCACAAAAGGCUCGUAUUGAGAGGAAUCGGCAAAGAGCGUUAAUGCUUCGCAAUGCAAGGCUUUCCAAUCGACCCUAUCCAGAAAUGAAAUCGCGAGAUGGCGAUGCAUCCACGGUCAACAGUAGCAGUGAGGUUUCUGCGACGAUAUCUCGUGUUGUUGAUACAGGGGGUGGGUUUUUGUUAGACCCGGAGGAAGAAGAAAGCCAAGGAGAGAGAAAAAAUCUUGUUAAAGAACCAGCACCCAUUCUCUAUGGAGAUCAGCUGCAUUGCCUUGAAUGCCAAAAAGAAUUCCUGACUUCAUACAUCUACAAACAUUUUGAGGUUUAUGUCUGUGAUAAUUGUAGAGACCCUGAUGAAAAACAUUCAUUAAUAACAAAGACAGAAGCUAAGGAGCAAUUUCUCUUAAAAGACUGUGACUUGGACAAGAGAGAACCACCUCUGAAAUUCAUUUUAAAAAAAAAUCCACAUCACUCCAGGGGAGAAAUGAAACUCUACCUAAAAUCACAGAUUGUUGAACGCUCAUUAGGGGUGUGGGGAGGAGAGGAUGGUCUUGAGGAAGCAAGACAGGGUAGAGCAGAGAAGAGGGAAGAACAAAAACAAAAAAAAUUUGACAAGAAAGUUAAAGAACUUCGCCGAGCAGUGAGAACAAGCACAUGGAAGAAAGAUACUAAUAGACAUAAGCAUGAAUUUGAGGAGGAAGAAGAAUAUAAUGAGGAAACUGAUGAAUGGACAAAAACAUGCAAGACAUGUGGUUAUCAACUGACUUAUGAAAAGAUGUGAAACAAAGUGUAAAAAAGAAAGUAU